CGUCUUCCUCCUCGUACCGUCUGUCUAGAGCCCGUGUUUCUUGUGCUGCUCUAGAUUCUCUUCCGUCUUGCUUGCUGGGUAGUCUCGGAUACUUGACUUCUACACGCUGUCUCUCAGCCGCCGGUAGCCGGUAGCCGGGCUAUGCUCAGACUCCUUCCGCUCCUCACAUGGCCCCUCCUCCGCACGCUCGCUGGAAGCCCUCCGGUCAACAUUGAACUUAGGACAUCAUGGCCUGCAGCCCCCAUCCUUCUAGAGAGCAUAGAAGCCGUAUCGAUUGAAGACCCAGAUGCCUUCUUCCCCCUCCUUCAUGCAGUCACCGACGCAUCUGUCUUCCCUCUCCCCUCCGACAAGUCUUCCCCAGCACAUGCACACCAGCAUGUCCUCGAAACUGCGCUCGCUCUAGACUUCUUGGCCGAACCUGGAGCAUAUGUCUCUGCGGAGAUGCACGUCGCCUUGCACUCCGCUAGCCCCAAACUCGAAGCAUUCUAUCAGUACUACACCGACCAUCAUGCUACGCGGACCGAGGGUAGAACUUCUUGCGGGUCCUGGGUAGACUGGUACGGAGAGGUGGUGUGCGAUGUCGAAACUCUUGCAAACCUCGUUCAGACGGCCUCCAUAGAUGCACCGGGAGCAGCAGAGAGUCACACGGCCCCCGCUUCACCGAGAUUGCUUGCUUUCGACCAUGUCUUGCCGGACCCUGCGCGCGUACCGUCCUCGCCUCCCCACACUGCCGUCCUAUACGCCUCACUCGAGUCCCCCAACUUCCACGCUCUGCACUCGUACCUCUAUGCCGCCGCCAGCGCCCCAACUCCUCGCGUUGCCUACGUCUUCCGUCCGGUUCCCCCUGCAGACCGCGACCUUGCCGUUCGGUCCCACCUCUCCGGGUACGGCGUCGCGCUGGACCUGAAGAAGAUGGACUACCUCGCCGUGGACGACCGGCUGCAGGGCGGUAGUGGUUCCAGCUCUGACGAGGGGUCCACCACGAAAGUCCAGGAGGACGAAGCGGACAUCAUCGUCACCCGCCUGCAGCAGUACCCCGCAGACGAGUCCGUCGACGUCACCGCGCCGCUGACCGACACUGAGCUGCUCGACAUCGGCCUGCAGGCGACGCAGCUCGUCUACGAUGCGGAGGAACCGCACGCGCGGCUCGCGACGCUCAAGCAGCUCGCGCAGAACUUCCCGCGCUUCGCGGGCGCGCUCGCACGCCGCGUGACGGUGAACGAGAGCCUGCUGAACGAGGUCGCGGAGAACCAGGCGAAGGCGCCGGGCGGCGCGAACGCGAUCUGGCUGAACGGCGCGGCGAUCGAGGAGAAGGACAUGAACCCUUUCGGGCUGCUGAAGGCUAUUCGGAAGGAGCGCGGGACUAUACUUUCGCUGAUGGCGCUCGGCCUCAACUCGACUCAGGCGGUGGACCUCCUUACGCACCGCACUAUCGCGCAGGCACAGGCUAGUGGAGGCGUGCUCGAUGGUCUGUUCGAUGCGAGUGACCGCGCGGAAGGCGGUGAGGUGAUCGGGUGGUUGAACGACAUCGAGAACGACGAACGGUAUGCGAGCUGGGGCGGAAACCUCAAGAUCCUCCUCCGCCAACUGUACCCCGGCCAGUUCCCGACGGUGAAGUACAACCUGUUCAACAUCGUGCUCGCCGCGGACCUCUCGCAGGCGAGCAGCGUCGACUUCAUCGGCGGGACCGUCAACUCGCUCAUCCGCCGCGGCCUGCCGUUCCGCUGGGGCGUCGCGCCGCUCGUUGAGACCGAGGACGGCGCGCGCAUGGCGCGUCUGUUCUACUAUCUCCUCGAGGUGGUCGGCGCGGACGACACGCUGGGGUUCCUGCUUUCCAUUUCGCAGCGGGGCGUGCCGAUGGACCAGGUCAGCCCUAGUGUGGUGUGGUCUCAGGUCCGCACGAACUUCGAGGACCUGCUCGCGGCUAAGGAGAACCUGCCGGAGGGGAUCGAGACGGACUUUGAUACUAUUAUUGCGGGCGGCGAGGGCGACCUGGACGCUGCACGUACAUAUGCGACGCGGUUGAGCGCGACUCUGUCGACGGCGCCGCAGGGACAUGUGUUCUUCAACGGCAAGCACUUCGACCUAGACGAUACCUUCCUGCAAGCGCUCCAAAUGGAGUUUAGCCCUCAGCUUCAGCACCUACAGUAUAAGAUAUACAAGAACGAGCUCACGGAGGAACAAGCCAAGGACAUGUCAACGUACUUUUACGACCUGCCGACGACAGCUAAGCGCCGGAACACGUACAUCCACCCCACGCAGAAGGCGGGGAGCUUGAGGAUCUACAGCCUCCCGGAACUCAUCGAGCGGAACGGCCUUAACAGCACCGCAGGCGUAUUCGUAUACCCUACGGACUCUGAGCUUGUCCCGCUCACGACGUACGUCGUCGCUGACUUCGACAGCGAGAAGGGUCGUGAGUUCGUCAAAGAGGCGAUCAAGUCUGUAACCCCUGGUUCACUCAGCCGUCUGUCAUUCAUCCAUUCCCCGUCAUCUCAGACCCCCAUCCUCUCAGGCCCUUCUUCUAUCCUCGCGCGGCUGAUCACCGCGGACGCGCUGUUCAAGAUCUCUCCUGAGCGUCUUCUCUCCAUCCUCGGCUUGAACGAGGCUACGGAAGAUGCAGCGCAGCAGCCUCUCAUAGACAGUGCCGAUAGCGUGCUAGCAGACCUCCCCGAGAGCGUAGACGCGUACGAGAAGUAUGUCGACGCGUGCCGUCUCGUCGUGCGUUCGCUAGGCCUCAAGUCGGGCGAGCUGGCCGUGAUCGUCAACGGAAGGGUGGUCGGGCCUAUCGCGCCCGGGGAGUUCAUCGCCGGCGAUUUCGAAUCACUCGCUGCGUAUGAGCACCACAAGCGCGUCCAGCCCGUGUACGAGGCGCUCCUCGCCGUUCACGAGCCCAUAAGCGAAGCUACUAAGGAAGACGCCGCGGAGAUCAUCUCCAUCGUGUCCUCCGUUCUCUCUUCCAUCCAGCAGCCCGACCCGAGCGAAGCGGGGCUUUUCGACGCGCCUCAGAAACCGCGUCUCCGGAACUACCGCAGGCUCACUGGGGAAUACACUGCGUUCACUAUCGGAGACGAGGAGACUGCGCUGUUCCAGAUUGGCGCGAUCAUCAACCCGCUUGGCCAAGAGGCGCAGAAAUGGACGAGCUUGUUGGAGUGGUUGUCAGGGAUGCCGGGCGUCUAUAUAGAGGUCCACGUCAACCCUAUGAGGCAUACCGAGAUCCCACUCAAACGCUUCUAUCGCUACAACCUCCUACCGAGGCUGGCAUUCGACGAGGAAGGGAAUGAGAUCCAUGCAAAGACGCAGUUCACGAACCUGCCCACUGAGCCCAUCUACACCCUCGCCAUGGACGCGCCGCAGUCCUGGCUCAUCCGCCCCAAAGAAGCCGUCUACGACCUCGACAACAUCCAACUCGGCCUCCUCUCCCCUCAAGACCGCGCGUCUGGCCUGAACGCCGUCUUCGACCUCGACGCGCUCGUGGUCGAGGGGCACGCGCGCGAGGGUGACACAAGUGCCCCUCCGCGCGGGCUGCAGAUGCAGCUCGUCACGAGCGACGCGACACCCAUCGCCGACACGCUCGUGAUGGCGAACUUGGGGUACCUGCAGUUCCGCACGAAGCCCGGCGUGUACCGCCUAGAGAUCCGCCCCGGACGUGGUAGAGAGAUCUUCGAGAUGGAGAGCGUGGGCAAUGAGGGCUGGAAUAGUCCUGGGAUCGACGAGGCGGGCGAUGUGGUCACUGUGACUAGCUUUGAGGGUGUUACGCUCUAUCCGCGGUUGGCGAGACUGCCUGGGAUGGAGAGGGAGGACGUUCUUAGGACCCAUGCUGUCGAUGCAGGGGAUGAGCAUGCUGGCGUCAUCGACCACCUGGUGAACAAGGUAUCCUCGCUGUUCGGUGGCAAAAAAGAAGAGAAGGCUCUGGUGGCUGUCGACGAUGGUCAAGCCGACAUCAACAUCUUCACCGUCGCGUCCGGUCACCUGUACGAGCGUUUCGCGUCCAUAAUGAUUCUCAGCGUCCUCCGGCACACGAAGAGCAGCGUGAAGUUCUGGUUCAUCGACAACUUCCUCUCACCUUCGUUCUUGGAAUUCCUCCCGAAAUACGCGGCCGAGUAUGGCUUCCAGUACGAGCUGGUCACCUACAAGUGGCCGACCUGGCUGCGCGCCCAGACCGAAAAGCAGCGCAUCAUUUGGGCGUACAAGAUCCUUUUCCUAGACGUGCUCUUCCCCAUGGACCUCAAGAAGGUUCUCUUCGUCGACGCAGACCAGAUCGUGCGCGCGGACCUCCAGGAGCUUGUGGACAUCGACCUGCGUGGCCGUCCGUACGGAUACGUGCCGAUGGGUAACGACAAUCCCGACACUGAAGGUUUCCGGUUCUGGAAGACUGGCUAUUGGAAGGACUUCCUGCGUGGCAUGCCAUAUCACAUCAGUGCACUUUACGUAGUGGAUCUCGUUCGGUUCCGCCAGUUGGCUGCAGGCGAUAUGCUGCGUGGACACUAUCAAGCACUCUCCGCAGAUCCGAACUCGCUGGCCAACCUCGACCAAGACCUGCCCAACAACCUGCAGCGCGAAGUACCAAUCUAUUCUCUUCCUGAAGACUGGCUCUGGUGCGAGACGUGGUGUAGCAAAGACCGUUUGGAUCGUGCGAAGACAAUCGAUCUUUGCCAAAACCCGCUCACGAAAGAGCCCAAGCUCGACCGGGCGAAGCAAAUACCAGAGUGGGAGGUCUAUGAUGCAGAGAUCUCCGCGUUCGCGAAGCGGCUCACGGCGUCGGAGAGCGAUGCGGAGAGGCCUAAGCCGCACGACGAGCUCUGAGCUCGUUUUCGCCGUGUUGAUUGUGAAUUAUAUAACGUGCUUUUCAUCAUGGGAACGCCGUGAAGGUGCACCACAUCAUUUGGAAGGAACAAGGCACAGUAGAUGGUGUCUGUUCGAGCCCAAUGCAUGCCAACCAGCAUUGAUGUAGGGAAGAGUGAUAUGGUGCGGACCGUCACAACUCGUAUAGUCGGCCACGACCGUACUGUAG